GUUCUUGCACACAAAACUAUCAUUAUGAAAGUAUUCCUGUUGUUCAUUUUCAUCUCUGCUAUCUGGCUCCAAGCAUUUUGUAUGAAAUCUUCUGAAAAAAUAAAAGCCUGCUUGAAACGGCAGCUGGGGUAUACAAUUACAGAAAAUACAAAAUUUGAUGCUAAAGAAGACUCUCUUCAAAGCAAGUGUUUUUAUCACUGCUUACUGGAAGUGAAAGGUGUUAUUGCAAAUGAUGCGAUCAGUUCGGAGCAACCGAGGAAAGUACUUGAAAAAAAGUAUGGCAUUACUGACACAGAUGAAUUGGAAAAGGCUGAAGAAAAGUGUCAUUCCAUCAAGGCUUCAGGAAAAUGUGAAUUGGGCUACGAAAUCUUGAAAUGCUAUCAGUCCAUUACCAAGCAUUAGACUUCUAAACAUGCUAUUAUGUACCUGGUGUUCGGAUAAACAUUCAACUUAUGCACAUCACACUUUAAAACGUUAAUUUUUGAGAAACUUCACCAAUGUACAUAAUAAAGUGUAAAACCGAAAACU